AUGUUCUCCGCGAGUACCACCCUCCGCGCCGCCCGGCCAAUCUUCCGCCAGUCGGCCGCGACGCCCUUCGCCCAGGCCCUUCGUGCUCAACGCCCACAGCCGCAGUUCCAGUCCCGCUUCCGCGACGCCGGCAAGCGGUGGCAGAGCACUGCUGGCCAGCAGGAACAGAGCUGGUUCAAGCGCGCAUGGGAGAGCGAGAUCGGCAUCAGGACAGUGCACUUCUGGGCCCCGGUCAUGAAGUGGGCCCUCGUCCUCGCCGGCAUCUCCGACUUCGCCCGCCCUGCCGAGAAGCUCUCCUUUACUCAAAACUUUGCUCUUACCUGCACGGGCAUCAUCUGGACGCGCUGGUGCUUGAUCAUCAAGCCCAAGAACUACCUCCUCGCCGCCGUCAACUUCUUCCUCGGCCUCGUUGGCAUCACCCAGUGCACCCGCAUCGCGCUGUACGAGUCCAGCAAGAAGAAGACCGCUGCCGAGGUCGUUGAGGAUGUCAAGCAGGACGUCAAAGACGCCGUCAAGGCUGUCAAGGCAUAG